AUGCAAAGAGAGAAACCUAAGCCACAAUCUGGGAAUAUGAGUGUCGAAGAGAUGUUAAAGAAAAUCAUGGAAGUCCAAGCUCAGUUAACGGAUGAUGUGAGAAAUAAUCAGUUAGCUAACCAAAAUUUGGAAAAGCAAUUUGGGCAAUUGACUAGUGCUCAAAAUUCUAGACAACAAGGGGGUUGCCUGGCAACACAAAUCCAAAUCCUAAACAGGUCAAUGCUGUAUGCAAAAUAUGUCAAAGAAAUUGUAGCAAAUAAAAGGAGAUUGACUGAAUAUGAGACAAUUACACUCACUGAAGAGUGUACCUCCAAAAUUAAGAACAAGUUACUCAUGAAGCUGAAAGAUUCGGGGUGCUUUACGAGACAAAUUACCAUCGGCCAGAGUAUCCAUGCGCGAGGUUUGUGCGAUUUAAGGGCUAGCAUUAAUUUAAUACCAACUUCAUUGUAUAAGAAACUAAGUUUGGGUAGUCCUAAGCCAACUACUGUUAUUUUACAAUUGGCUGAUAGAUCAGUAGCCAGACCCGAGGGAGUUGUAGAAGAUGUUCUAGUGCAAGUGGGAUCUUUGAUUUUUCCGGUGAAUUUUGUAGUAUUAAACUUUGAGCCAGGUCCUGAGGUUCCAUUUAUAUUAGGUUGCCCAUUCUUAGCUACUGGGAAGGCAAUGAUUGAUGUAGUUGCUAGUCAAUUUACUAUGAGGGCUCACGAUAAGGUAGAGGAUUUUGAUGUAUGUAGAACCUUAAAAAUGCCACCGUUGUAUGAGGAGUUAUCUGCCAUCACCUGUGGUAGAUCUGGAGGUAGAUGGUAA